GUAAUCUUAAAUAUUUAAAAAAAAUCUAAAAACCUAGAACAAAAACUUUAACCAAAAAUGCGGAUCCAUUUGGAUGCCCGCGAGAUUCGCGAAUUGCUGCGAAAGGAUCUGAUUGUGCGAUGGCGCCAGAAGAUCCUUACCCUGAUCCUGCUGGGCUGGCCCAUGAUGAUCUUCAUGCUGCUCUACCUAAUCCGACUGAAGUAUGGCUCCGAGCACGUUCCGGCUUGCCAGUAUCCGACUAGACUCUUGCCCACAAAGAAUCAGGUAGUGCCAGCGGCCUUCUCCUACAUCUGCAGUUUGGAGAAUAGAUGUAAGCCGGCGGAGCCCUAUGAAGAGUAUUCCAAAUGGAAAGAGGCGCCUUUACAUUCUGUGAUUGAAGUAAUCAAUGCUUUUGUGACCGACGAGCGACUCCUCAAGGCCGUCGUGGAACUUGCCGAGAAGGGGAACUUUGUAUCGGCGAUCACCACAUUAAUUACCAGCGAUCGUCUUGACAUUAUUAGAAGUAAUAUAAGUGAAAUAAUCUCCCUAGUGCCAGAAAUCGAGCGCCGAAUGAACUAUAGCUUUGAUAUAAAGCAGUUGUUUUCCAAUCGUGAAACCUUUGUAAAGUUGGGAGUACUUUUGUGUGGACAUCCUUUUCCCAACACGGAUACUAUUCCUUUGGUGAACGAGAUCCUGGAAUCAGAGGACUUGAGUCAAACGAAUGAUGAUGAAUUAGAUUCAAUGCCAAACCUCCAGUCCUCAGAACGCACUCGUCGAUCCACAGAUUCAUCCUCGGACUGGAGGCCAACAAAAUACUGCAAACGUUUGUAUAGAGAUGUAACAUCCACAAAUCAGGGGAAGCUUACUUGGAAUACGAUAAAGCCCAUUAUUCAGGGAAGAAUACUUUAUACGCCAGCCACUGCUUUGACUGAAAGUGUGGUUCAAUUUAGUAACUCCACCUUUGAGGAAAUAGAUCGAUUGAAGCAACUCUCCCGAGCAGCAGCCACCAUCCUAACCAAACUCCACACAAACGCCACCUUCCAAGAGGCCUUCGAUAAUCUUCUCAAACUGGCCCGAUCUCCCUUGGUGAAGAGCCUCGUGGGCGAUGACUUCGAUAUUGGCCAAAUCGAAAGUAUCUUCCAGUAUCUGAGAACCAAUCAGCUCAUCUAUGAUAUCCUAACCACGGUGGCUGACAUAAUGGAUUGUGUUUCGGCGGAUCGGUUCGAGGCUGUGGAAAGUGAAGCGGCCUUGCGGAAGAGAGCCUACGAACUGAAUCAGAAUAAGAUCUUUUUGGCUGCUUUGAAUCUGGAGGAUGUGGGCCUGAAAGAGGCCUCCUAUCGCCUGCACAUGGACACGGAUAACACUCAGCCCACCUUUGAGAAUCGUAAUCGUUUUUGGUUCCCUGGACCUGCGGAUAGUAUGGUCUUGGAUCUGAAAUAUCAUCGUGGAUUUGUUCAACUCAAGCAGAUGAUCGAUAUGGGUAUCAUAAAACACAAACGAGACGAGGCAGGAUUCGUGCCAGAAGACGAGGAUACUAGUGGAAAGACUACCAGCGGACCAGGACUCUUCAGCAUCAAGGCCGUAGAUGAUUCUAGCGAGGACAGCGAUGAAGAUGAUGAUUUGGAUUUCAGCGCGGAGAAGGCUACACCAAAAGCCCAGCCCUUUGAAGAGAAGGAAGAGGAUACCACAAUAAGUGGAGUUACCACACAACCCGAUAUCGGAGUCACCAAUGUGCCGGAGAACGGAGUCACCACCGAUCCAAAUGAAGAACCCGAGCUGCUGUUACUCAAAGGCGAAGAGGUCUUGAAACGAGCCAAGCGUCAGGGUUUUCUUGAUUUUCUGGGUGGCUUGGGGGGUUCUGGAGAUGCCAACAAGAAGCCCAAGUUUCAAGUGGAUAGUAUGCAGUUCUAUACGAAACAAUUUCCAUAUCCAGCUUUUCUUAAUGAUGUUUUCAAACGUGGUCUAUACCUCUCUCAAGGCGUUCAAAUAGCUUUCCUAUUGGGUCUGGUAGUAGCCGUGGCUAUAUGUGUGAGAGAAAGGAUCUGGAUGCGAGAAAGCAGAAAUAGUAUGCUAAUGCGAUCUAUGGGUCUGAAGGCUCAAUCCGAACUGAUGGCCUGGGCUUUGAUGAGUCUCAUGGAACUAUGUGUGAUCUUUUGUCUUAUAAGUGCUGUUCUAUAUAGUGGCGGUAUUCUGGCCUUUACCAACUGGUUCUUUAUGAUGUUUUAUUGUAUGAGUUUUGGCGUUUGUCUCAUAUCUUUUUGUUACAUGUGCUCUAAUUUCUUCAAUUCCGCCAAUAUUGGUGCCGUGGCUAGUGCUCUGCUUUUCUUCAUCACCUUGUGCCCUUUUAUCAUUGUCCUGAUGUUUGAUGCCAAGCUGAGUGUCUUUGAAAACUUCCUGGUGGAUUUAUCCUUUACCACGGCCUUUGCCAAGGGAUGGAGUGAACUGAUGCGUAUGGAGUUGCAGCAGGAGGGACUAACGCCGAUUCAUUUGUUCCGCUUGGGUCCUGCGAGGAGUGAGUGUGCCAUGGCCUUCCUCAUGUUCCUGUUGGAUUUCCUUCUGUAUGCGGUCAUUGGCUUGGCCUAUCAGCGUUACAAGAGAACCAACUACAGCUUCGUAAAGGUCACUCGCUCCCAGCUGGACGACAAGCUGGGCGCCUCCCUCUCGAAUGUCACCAAGCUGUACGGCAGCAAGUGCGCCGUCUCCAACCUGACGAUGGACUUUGCUCGGAACCAGGUCAGCUGCCUGCUGGGCCGGAAUGGAGCGGGAAAGAGUACACUGAUCAAGCUGCUAACAGGACAGAUACGACAGGAUACGGGCCGAGUCCUGCUGGCCGGAGAGCAUCAGGUGGGAGUGUGCUGGCAGGACAACAUCCUGAUACCCACUCUGACGGCACGAGAGCAUCUGCAACUGUACGCCCAGAUCAAGAUGCCGCGGGGCGAGACUGGCAAGGACGAGAUCCGCGCCGAAGUGGCGAGAACCUUGCAGAGCCUGAACUUCGGCCAGCACGAGUCCUUUGCGGCCAGUCAGCUGUCGGGCGGGUAUCGGAGACGGCUCUGUGUGGCCAUCGCCUUCAUAGCCUCGCCGAAUGUCGUUAUCCUGGACGAGCCGUGUAACGGCGUGGAUGCCAAGGCGCGCAAGGACAUUUGGCAGUUGAUCGAGCGCCUGAGGCAAGGACGUGCCGUGAUCUUUGCCACACACUUCCUAGACGAAGCCAAGUACCUGAGUGAUUUUCUGGUGAUAAUGAGAAAUGGUCGGAUAAUAGCCCAGCAUAGCAGGGAUUCGCUCCAACAGCUAAGCACCUCAAACUACAGCCUACGGAUGCGCUGCUCGGAUGCCACAGGAGUGGCCUUGGUAGCCCAGAAGGCCCAGAAGCUCCUGCCACAGAGCCAGUUGCUUCAGUCCGGCGAUCAUCCACAGAGUCUCACCAUCAGUGCCAGCUAUGCGGAGAACCUAACGCCAAGUGCUGUAGAGUUCCUGGAAUUCCUGCAGGAUCAGGAGACCUCGAGCGGCAUUGCCGACCUGGAGCUGACCAGCAGCAACAGCCUGGAACAGGAGUUCGAGCAACUGAAUCGCAACGGUGAGGAUCCAAGGCCGAGAAAUGGAACGACAGAACCGAACGGUGUGGUGACAGGACCGGCCAGCGUCACCGACGAUCCUCCCUCAGCCUGCGCCCAGUUCAAGCUUCUGAUGGGCAAGCGGUUGAGGCAUCUGGCCAGGAACUAUAGACUCCUGCUGUACGUCCUGCUGCUGCCAGCUCUCUUCGAGCUCUGCGCCAUGUGGUUUGUCAGCUACCGACUGGAGGAUGACUUCGAUACGGUAUUGCCACUCAACAGGAAUCUAUAUCCCAAGAGUGCCGAGUUUCUGUCCCAGGAGGUGGCCACAAAGUUCACCGAUAAGCUGUAUCCCCAUCUGAAGGAGUCCUGCGAGUCCCUUGGCGAGUGCCGGGAGUUUAACGACUCGUCAAAGGCCUACGACUGGGUCCUGAACACUCUCGAUGAGUAUCGGGAGCGUCGAUAUGGCGGCUAUAGCUUGAACGGCAGUGCCGCCACUGUCUGGUACAACAACAAAGGAUAUCACGCUAUGGUGUCCUGGUUGAACGACCUGAACACGGAGCUGCUACGCACCACCAUGAACGACUCAGAGUACAGUGUCCUUACGCUCAACGAGCCCUGGAAACUGGGCUUCUCGGAGCUCUCCACCACAUCCGUGCUGCGGCAGGCCGGCGACUCCUGCAUGGUCUUUAUCCUUCUGAUUGCCUUCGGCCUGGUGGUGGCGGCCGGAUCGGUGUAUUUGGUCAACGAGAGGAUCAACGGCGAGAAGCUCCAGCAGCGAUUGUGCGGAGUGAGUGCCGUGACCUACUGGUCGGUGUCCUUCGUGUGGGACUAUCUUGUGAUGGUCCUGGCACUCAUUGUCCUGCUCCUGGUGGUCUUCAUCUUUGGCAUGCCAGUGUUUGUGGCUCGCCAGCAAUUGGUGGGCAUCAUAGGGCUUUCAUUGGCAUUUAGCUUCGCUUGUGUUCCUGCCGUUCAUGUGGCUGAGAAACUCUUUAGCGACUCCAGCAUUGCCAUUGUCACGAUUUUCUGCGCCAACCUGAUCAUCCCUCUGGCCACCAUGGGCGUUAUCCUGAUUCUGGGCGUUGUUGGCGAGGGAGCUGCCUGGGAUGACUGGCGACACGCCCUCAAUAACCUGUUCCUUUUAUUCCCGCAACAUGCCUUGGGCGACGGCCUCCUGGAGCUGUGCAAGAACUACAUGGUGGCUCUGGUCUUCCGGCGCUACGACAUCGACUCCUACAAGCAUCCACUGGCCAGCGACCUGUUGGCACGUCACUUUGUCGCCCUGUUCGUGGUGGGGGUGUGUGGCCUGAUCCUCAACGUCCUCAUCGAGUGGCACCUGCUGGCCAAGAUCUGGCAGAAGGUGGAGCGCCUGCUGGACUGCCACUAUCGCCGGGAACUGGACAAGCUGGGCCAACUGAAGCUGGUCAACAUCCAGAGCAUUUUCAAGAGCUGUGUGGCCGCCGGGGAGGCGGUACGAGCCGAGAACCUGUGGCUGGCCUAUAGCCGAGGCAGGUACGCCGUCCGGCAGGUGCACUUCAGUGUCCAGAGGGGCGAGUGCUUUGGGCUGUUGGGCAAGAACGGAGCCGGCAAGUCGACCAUUUUCAAACUGCUUACAGGACAGCUGCAGCCGAAUGUGGGCCACAUCUACUUUGAACAGCCUGGUGUUUCGUACUGCCCCCAAAGUAAUCCCCUGGAUCCCCUGCUCACCGUCAGCGAGUGCAUCCGCUUCUAUGGAAGAUUGCGCGGCAUCCGGCAGCUGGAGCAGUUCCUGGACAGAGUCCUGGACACCUACGAACUGCGUCCUUACAAGGACAUCCAGGUGCGGAAUCUGAGUGGCGGCAACCGGAGAAAACUUACCGUGGCCGUGACCUGUUGCGGGUACACGCCCACCGUUCUGAUGGACGAGCCGACAAGCGACAUGGAUCCGGUGACCAGGGACCUGGUCUACGCCACCAUCGAGCAGUUGCUGUUGGCCCGGCGGGCGGUGAUCCUGACCUCGCAUUCGGUGUCGGAGAUCGAGCAUCUGUGCCAGCGAGUGGCGGUUCUCCGGGCCGGCCAGGUUAUAGCCAGUGAUAGUCCCGCCCGUCUGAAGUCGGAGUACGGAGGGUACUAUGCCGUCAACUGCUUCUGCCCGCCGGCCCAGCAGGCGCUGCUGGUGAGAACGCUUCACCAACGCCUGCCGAGCCUCAAGGACCUCCAGCACUACGCCCACAGCCUGAGGUUCUUAGUGAAAGUCCGUUCCUCCUCCCAUCCGGCCGACCAGUCCCCACUACUGUCGGAGCUGUUCGCCAUCCUAAGGGAUCUGUGCGUGGAUGUAGCCAGGUUUUCGAUAAAUCGCUGUCGCUUCGAGACCGUUUUCGAGCGAAUCCUGGACAGUUGCGAGACGAGUAACUCAAAGCCUGAGGCAAAUGGCCUAAACGGUGUUACCAAAAAUGAUCAUGACUUGCCGAGCAAGUCGGCGGCGGUGGCAGGAUCGCUGGAAACGGGCUAUAUACACUGUGGCUAUGAGGAAACUACAACCUAGAGAUCAUAUCAGAAUUUAAAAUAUUUUAAUAUUCUUUUAUUUUUUUUCUAAUCAGACCUGUUACUGUGUUUUUUAAAUGCCAAAAAAAAAUUUAAUAUGGAAAAUCAGGAACUACAAAACAAUAAUAUUUCAAUCAAAAAUAAUGAUAAUAAUGAUAACAAAUUUUUUUUUUAUUAAACCUUUACCUAUAGGUACUAUAGAGCAAGUUUUUUUGUGAUAAGAUCGAUGGAUUUUCGAUCCAGUGAUACAGUUUUGUGCUUCACUUUAUUUCGGGUGUUCUGUUUAGUGAUUAAGAAUCGUAAAUAUUAUAAAUAAAAUAUUAUAAAUAAAAUAUGAUAUAUAUCCUAUCCCCACCACCAAUCUCCUUAUAGCUUUAAUAUACCAACAUAGGUAUAGAAAAUAAAAAAACUGUAUAUGUGUGUACUUUAUAUGUCCUGGCUUUGGUCCUUAUAGGAUCUGGCCAAAUUAUUUUUUUUAAAUGGCAAAUGAUUAUGAAUAAAGUUAAAGAUAUUGUAUGUAAUUUUGUUUGGUGUAUUUAUUUGGUUGAGAAUUCAAUCAAAAUUAAAUUAAAAUUAAAGGUAAUGAUAAAAUCCAUCCUAUAAAAAGC